CCCAGAAGAAUGGUGUUAUGCAGAUAUGUGGGGAACUUUUUUGAAGUAUGGAAGAGUGUUUGACAUUUACUGUCCAAACAGGAAAAGCAGGAACGGAGGAAGGUUCGGCUUUGUAAGGUUCUUGGAUGUGAAGGACAAGAGGGAGCUGGAAAGGCAACUGGACCAAAUUUGGGUAGGAAACCGAAAAUUGUGGGUAAAUUACCCACGUUAUGAAAAUUCUCAGAAUCAGAAUCAGGGAGGGGAAUUCAGAGUCAUUCAAGGAGCGCACCUAAGAUCGCAGAACAGAAGCUAUGCGGAGGUAGUAAAGGGUCAACUAGAAGAAAAGAAAGAAGAGAAGACAAGACCACUGCUGCAAAACAAACAUAGUUGGCCCGAGAAGAAUAGCAGCAGAAGUUCUCAUCUGGAUGGCUCCAACGUCAACAGGAAAAUCUGGAAAGAAAAAGGAUUGGGAGAAAAUUGGUCCGGAAUAGAAUUCAACACCAACUCAGAAGAUGAGAAAUGGCUUGAAGGUUGCUAUGUGGGGAUCGCUCACUCUGUCGAAAUGGUCCGGAACUUACAGGAAAAAUUCUACAUGGAAGGAUACUUUUGGUGCCGCCUCAGAGCAAUGGGAGGCAAAUUGGUGUUACUCGACAGUGAUGACAAAGAAGAGUUGAAGGAUUUGGUGGAGUUGGCUCCUGAGUGGCUAGCUCAAUGGUUCGAAAGUGUUAAACUGUGGACUCCAGAUAUGGUCGCUACAGAGAGAUUCGCAUGGAUUAGAUGUCAGGGGGUUCCACUCAACGCAUGGAAAUCAGAUUUUUUUGAAAAAAUGAGUUGGCCUUGGGGGAAAUUUAUUUGCUUAGACGACAGCACAAGCAAAAAAAGAAGGUUUGAUAUUGCGAGAUUUUUGAUUUCGACCCCGAGCAUGAAUUCCAUAUCAAUCACGAGACAAGUUAAAAUUAAUGGGUCUCUGUUCAACAUCAAAUUCUCUGAGGAAGAAUUCACAAAUAAUUUUUUCUCCUUGAAAGAAGACUUUAUGGCAAACUUCCAGAGUGAUUCUGAAGAGCCCGAGUCAUGGUCUAUUGACAGUGAAGAGGAAGAAGAAAUCCAGGAGGCUUUACCAGAGGAAGAACAGCCAAACGAAGAAGAUGGUGAAACAGAAAAUGCAGAAAAUGACGUGGCAAAUGGGGGUGUGAUGUUCAACGGUAAAGUUAAAAAUAAAGGUGAACAGCAGAAGGAAAUGACAGCACAAGGGGGGAUUGUCAUUAGUGAUCAAAUUCAAAAUUUGAAUGAAGAGGAGGCUUGCGUAGGAUCAGAGAAGCUGAUGCAAAAACACGGGAAAGCUGCAGAGGUAGGCGUGACUGAGAAAGCAAAAGAAACUCUAAUGGGCCAGUGCGAGCAGGCCAAUUUAAAGCAGCAGAGUAAGCCCAUCAUGGUUGGUGAAAGCCCAGAGUAUGAGUUGUCUUCAAACAUGGGCCAGCCGACCAUUAAAGCUCCAGCUAGAAACCCAAAACAUGGAAAGAGCAAAAUUAUUUCCAGAACACAUCGGUCGAAGUCCGGAAGCAGCGAUGAUGAAGAAAUAGAUCUUUUCUGGAAAGGGCAUGAGAUCGACGAGGCUAGAUUGCAGAAAUGGAUGGAAGACAGAUUGGAGACAAAACCAAAGAAGAAAAAGAAGAAAAUCAGUUUGUGUAGCACAGUGUACCGAAAAUCUGCAGUCCCCGAUAGAGGAAAACAGAGGACAGGAGGAAGAGGAAAUAUCAGCAAGAUGCAAAGGGGGGAGAGAAUAGAACCAGAGUUUAUUGCAAGCCCAAAUCACGAAAUUGCAGAUGACUCAAUUGGGGAUAGUGGGAUCCAGAAUUGCAACAAAUUAUUACAAAAGCAAAUGAGAAAUCAUCUCGCAAAGGAGAUCUGGGAGUUGGCAAAGCAACUAGGGGUCACGGCUGAGAAUGAGGAAGAGAUCAUGAGGCGGUUAGAGGAAAUGGAGAACAGAGAUAGACAAUCAAAGGCAAGCUUGGUGAACCAAGAUGCGGGUGACGCAGAGAAGGAUAAAACUCCUGUGAAUAUAGUUAAUGUUUACUCACCCUGUUCUCUGGCGGGCAAAAGGGCACUUUGGGAGGAUUUAUUGAAUCUGAUUAAUAGCAGGAAAGGGAUUUGGUGUUUGGGGGGAGACUUUAAUGCGGUUAGAAGUGUGGAGGAGAGAGCAGGAAGUAAUGGGGUAUCCAAAGAAAUGGAGGAAUUCGACAGUUUCAUCCAUGAUGCAGGGUUAGUGGAUCUGCCAUUGACAGGGAGGAAGUAUACCUGGCUCAACUCCAAUGGAUUAUACAUGAGCAGGAUUGACAGAUUUUUAUUCUUGGAAGAUUGGCUUAUGAAAUGGGGUGACUUAAGGCAGUGGGGGUUAAAGAGAACAGUGUCUGACCACUGCCCCAUAUUAAUUAAGGAAGAGAAGGUUGAUUGGGGGCCCAAACCAUUUAAGUUCUUCGAUGCUUGGUUGGAUCAGCCAGGGUGUAUGGAGAUGAUCCGAAAGGUGUGGAAUACAGCUGAGAUUAAGGGAUGGAAGGGAUAUAGGCUUAAAGAGAAACUAAAGAUAACAAAGAAAGCUUUAAAGGAAUGGAGUGGUAACUCUUUGCCAGAAGUGGACAAAAAAAUAAAUGAAGCAGAAAUGGAGAUAGCUGCACUGGACAGCAAAGGUGAGAAUUCCCAUCUGUCUACAGAGGAGGUCGAUAGAAGAAGACGCUGCUUUCUUCAACUAUGGGAUAAUCUAAAAAUUAAAGAGAGCAUGUGGCAACAAAAGUCAAGGAAGAUAUGGCUUAAAGAAGGAGACGCCAACACCAAAUUUUUCCAUAGAUGUGUGAAGAUCAGAUGGAAAAAAAAUGAAAUUAAUAGCGUCCAGAUUAAGGGCAGAAGGUGUAUUGGAGUGACUGAAAUAAGGGACCAGGUUGCUCAGUAUUUUGAAGAGUUGUUUGCAGAAGAAAAAUGGCAAAGACCAAAACUCGACGGCAUUAAAUUCAAACAAAUCUCCGAGGCAGACAAUACCCUUUUAACAGCUCUGUUCAAUGAAGAGGAAAUUAAGAGUGCAGAAUUCCAUGAGCAGGGUAGACUGGUUAAAGGAUCAAACUCCUCAUUCAUUGUGUUGAUACCAAAAGUUGAGAACCCUCAAAGAAUUGAAGAGUUCAGACCCAUUUCUCUUAUCGGAGUCAUGUACAAGAUUGUAGCAAAACUGUUAGCAAACCGCCUUCGACAAGUGCUGGACAGGGUGAUUGGGGAACAGCAAAUGGCCUUCAUUGAAGGGAGGCAACUGAUGGAUGGAGUUGUCAUAGCAAAUGAGGUAAUAGAUGAGGCGAAAAAGAAAAAGAUGGAAAGCUUUCUAUUCAAAGCUGAUUUCGAAAAAGCUUUUGACAAGGUGUGUUGGGAAUUCAUUGAUUACAUGCUGUCCAGAAUGGGUUUUAAUGUCAUUUGGAGGGGAUGGAUCCAAGAAUGCCUACGAUCAAGUAUGAUCUCAGUCCUCAUCAACGGAAGCCCAACAAGACAAUUCCCCGUAGGCAAAGGAAUAAGACAAGGUGACCCGCUAUCCCCUUUCUUGUUCCUAAUUGUGGCGGAAGGUCUUAAUGGCCUAAUGUCUACUGCGGUUGAGAAAGAGUUGUACAAGGGAGUGAUGAUUGGCAAUGGAGCAACAAUGGUGUCCCACCUACAAUUUGCAGACGAUACUAUCUUCUUCGGAGAGGCAACCGAAGACAACAUAAGGGUGGUUAAAAGCAUCAUGAGAAUCUUUGAAAUGGCGUCAGGAUUGAAAAUCAACUUCGGGAAGAGUCAACUGUUGGGAGUGGAGGUGGAUUCUGAUUGGAAAGUCAGAAUGGCUUGCAUUUUAUGCUGCAAAGAAGGAAAAUUUCCAUUCAAAUACUUGGGAGUCCCGGUUGGAGGGAAUCAUAGAAGAUUAGCAAUGUGGCAGCCCCUGUUAAGAUCAUUUAGAAAGAAGCUAUCUACCUGGAAAGGGAAACAUCUCUCUAUCGGAGUCCGGAUCAUGCUCAUUAAUUCUGUACUGUCUAGUCUGCCCGUUUUCUUGAUGUCGAUUUACAAAAUCCCCUCAGGUAUUGUCAACUCCAUUGAUAAAAUGCGCAGGAAUUUUUUAUGGGGGGGAGAAGGGGAGGGUAGGAAAAUAAAUUGGGUGAGUUGGGAGAGGGUUUGUAAAAAGAAAGAGUGGGGCGGCCUAGGGGUGAAGGACAUGAAGAGAUUUAAUUUAGCACUCAUGGGUAAAUGGUGGGGACGUCUUGCAUCCAAGGAUGAGGGGUUGUGGAGAAGGGUGAUUGAAGGAAAAUAUAGCGAGGGAAGAGGUAAUUGGAUGGAUUGGGUAAGAGACGGUAGAGGAAUGGGUUCUCUAUGGUGGAGGGACGUGUGCAACCUCAAUAAUAGAGAUGGAGAAAAUGUAGGAUGGCUUGAAGAGGGAAAAGACAAAGAAUGUUACCAAAUGGGUAAUACUCAAGAUGGUACAUACCUUUUGUCAACAGGAAAAGACAAAGAAUGUUACCAAAUGGGUAAUACUCAAGAUGGUACAUGGCAAUGGAAUCUUUCAUGGAGAAGAACCUUGUUUGAGUGGGAAAAAGAGGAGUCUAUGAAACUACAGGGGAUAAUUGACAAAGUGAAGAUCACUCCUGGACGCCCUGACAAAUGGCAAUGGAUUCACAGCAGCGAUGGUCACUACUCAACAAAAUUGGCUUACUUGAAGUUGACAGAAGAAAGAACGGGAUCGAUGGAGGCAAAAAUGUCAAAGAGAAUAUGGAAUCCCAUGCUCCCGAGCAAGAUAGCAGCCUUCAAUUGGAGAGUAAUUCUUGACAGAAUCCCUACUAAAGUUAAUCUUCAUAGCAGAGGAGUCAUCAAGAACAUGGAAGAGGCAAAAUGUAGCAUAUGCGAGGAGUAUGAGGACGCCACCCAUUUAUUCCUAAAUUGCAAAUUAAGCAAAUGGCUUUGGAAAGCUUGCAGUAGAUGGUGGGGGACCACGGUGGCAUUAAAGGAAGACUGCUGCAACACUUUUGUCCAUUUCGGGAAUGAGAUCAAAGACCCACACAUAGCAGAAGGUUGGGAUUGCAUCUGGAAUUCUGUCAUUUGGACAAUAUGGAUGGCUAGAAAUUGCAAAAUUUUCCAAGACUCAGAAAUUCAUAUGGGCCAGCUACUAGAUCUUAUUCAACUGAGAUCAUUCGCAUGGAUUAAAGCAAAAAAACCCAGGAAGACAAGACCCAGAAUCACAAUGCCUAUUCUAUUCCAGUUGUUCUUGUGUUCUAUUACCGGGGCAACUGCAAACCAGGUGUUUUACUUUCUUGGACUGAAAUAUUCAAGCGCAACAAUUGCCUGUGCAUUGAACAAUGUCCUCCCUGCAGUCACAUUUGUCCUUGCAGCCCUUUGCAGACAAGAAGAUGUGAGAAUAAAGACUGCAGCAGGGCAGGCAAAGGUGAUAGGGACGAUAGUAUGUGUCGGUGGCUCGAUGUUGUUGUCGUUUUACCAUGGACACACCAUUGACAUAACAGAAUCCAGUAUUCAUUGGAAAUAUGCAGAGAAUAUGGACGCUUCAAGUUCUGGUAAUGGGACGACCUUUCUUGGUCCAUUCCUAGUCAUAGUCAGUUGUGUUGCUGGGGCUGUUUGGUUCAUAAUCCAGGCACGGCUUGGGAAAAAGUUCCCGGCGCCAUACACGACAACUGCAGUGAUGUGUUUUAUGGCAAGCAUUGAGUGUACUGUCAUUGGAUUCAUUUCUGAGCAUAAAAUCUCAGAAUGGUCAUUGAGGUCUGGUAUUAGGCUCGUUGCAUCCUUGUAUGCGGGGAUUGUCUGUAACGCGUUGGCGUUUUGCCUAAUGACAUGGAGCAUAGAAAAGAAAGGACCUCUCUAUGUCUCGGUGUUCAGCCCGUUGUUGCUUGUUAUUGUAGCAAUCCUAAGUUGGGCAUUGUUACAUGAAAAAUUAUUCGUGGGAACUCUUGUAGGGUCAGUUCUGAUCGUUGCUGGACUUUAUGCGGUUCUAUGGGGCAAGGAAAAAGAGACGAAACAGUUGAAACCCAUGGAGGAAAUGGAAAGUCAGCAAGAUGAUGACUUGGAGCUUGCAAACAAGAAGCAUUUUCCUGCUAAUGUCGGGCAAAAUUAGCUCGAUUCUGCGCCGUGUUAGGUAGAUUUUGUCAAGUGUUUGUGCUUUGUAGUAUGUUUAUGUAUGUGAAGAAGGCUGGAUUAAUUCCAGUAGGAAGGAAAGCUCUUAGUAGUUAAGGCAGGCAGUAUGUGUUUCACUUAUGGAAUGUAUGCCUAUGUCUUUAACUUUGUAAGAGAGGAUCAAAAUAGUCCCUGUAAUCAAUUGAGUUGAGGGCUCAUUUGAACUAGAGAAAAAAUAUAUGGUUUUCUAUAUA